AGGGAGGGGAGCCCACGGCGCUCUCUUGUCUCUUAAGAGGAUCAAGGAAAAAGGGAAAUCGAGCUAUUUAUAAGCGGCGGACUGUUUGGACCAUCCACCGGUGACAGCAACAUGAGCGGCGGGCCGGAUGAGAGCUCGGUGCGCGUCGCCCUGAGGAUCCGUCCUCAGCUGGCCAAGGAGAAGAUCGAGGGCUGCCACAUCUGUACCUAUGUGAUGCCCGGGGAGCCGCAGGUGGUCCUGGGUAAGGACAAGGCCUUCACCUACGACUAUGUCUUCGACAUGGAUACCCAGCAGGAAUCCAUCUACACCCACUGCACUGAGAGGCUCAUCGAAGGCUGCUUCGAAGGCUACAAUGCCACUAUCUUUGCAUACGGACAGACGGGUUCAGGAAAGACCUACACCAUGGGAACCGGCUUUGACGUCAACAUCGGCGAGGACGAGCUUGGUAUCAUUCCCCGAGCUGUCUACCACCUGUUCAGAGGGAUCGAGGAGCGCAGACAGGCUGCCACCGAGCAGGGCAGGCCUGUUCCUGAGUUCAAGAUCAACGCACAGUUCCUGGAGUUGUACAACGAGGAGGUGCUGGACUUGUUUGACUCGACGCGAGACCUCGAGGCCAGGAAGCAGAGGUCCAACAUCAAAAUCCACGAGGAUGCCAAUGGAGGAAUCUACACCGUGGGGGUCACCACGCGCACCGUCACCUCUGCGGCUGAGAUGAUUCAGUGUCUGAAGCUGGGCGCUCUGUCUCGUACCACCGCCAGCACUCAGAUGAACGUCCAGAGUUCGCGCUCCCAUGCCAUCUUCACCAUCCACCUGUGCCAAGUCCGAGUCUGCUCUCCUGAUAACAACGAUAAUGUAACAGACAACCGUCUAGCUAACGACUCAGAGAUUAACGAGUUUGAGACACUGACAGCCAAGUUCCACUUUGUGGACCUGGCAGGUUCUGAGAGACUGAAGAGGACCGGAGCGACAGGAGACAGAGCCAAAGAGGGCAUCUCCAUCAACUGUGGGCUGCUUGCUUUGGGAAAUGUCAUCAGUGCUCUGGGAGACAGGAGUAAACGCUCCACUCACGUGCCUUACAGAGACUCCAAACUGACCCGGCUGUUACAGGACUCACUCGGUGGCAACAGUCAAACAGUGAUGAUCGCCUGUAUCAGCCCGUCGGACCGGGACUUCAUGGAGACCUUGAACACUCUGAAGUACGCCAACAGAGCCCGAAACAUUAAGAACAAGGUGAUGGUGAACCAGGACAGAGCCAGCCAGCAGAUCAGCGCCCUUAGAACGGAGAUAGCGCGACUGCAGAUGGAGCUGAUGGAGUACAGGACGGGGAAGCGUAUGGUGGGUGAAGAUGGGAUGGAAGGCAUUAACGACUUGGUCCAUGAGAACUCGAUGCUGCAGACGGAGAACAAUAACCUGAGGGUGAGAGUGAAGGCCAUGCAGGAGACCAUCGACGCCCAGAGAGCUAGACUCACACAGAUCCUGAGUGACCAGGCCAACCAGAUUGUGGCGAAAGCAGGUGACGGCAAUGAAGAGAUCGGGAACAUGAUUCAGAACUACAUCAAAGAAAUCGAGGAGCUCAGAGCUAAACUUCUUGAAAGCGAGGCUGUAAACGAGAAUCUCAGGAAGACCUUGUCCCGGGCCUCCACUCGCUCUUCGCUGUACGGCGGCCCCGGCGGCUCUUUCUCCCCGGCUUUACUCGCCCCUGAGAAAGAAGCCAAUGACGUCAUUGAGAUGGCCAAGAAAAGCCUGGAGAAACUCAAGAAGAAGGAGAGGAAGAAGAAGAAGAGACUAAGGCGAUACGAGGAGAGUCACCACCGAGAGGUUGAACACACCAGUGUUGUCAAAGAGGACGUGCCAGACAACGACCACGAGCGAGGCAACGAGGAAGCAGAGGAGGCCAGCGACCACGAAGAAGGCGAGGAUGCAGAUGGAGAGGAGGAGGACUUUGACAUUGCGGGAGAUGAGACGUCUGAUGAGUCUGACUCUGAUGAACUGGAGGAGAAAGAAAACGUCCAGGCCGACCUGGCCAACAUCACCUGCGAGAUCGCCAUCAAGCAGAAGCUGAUUGAUGAGCUGGAGAACAGCCAGCGGCGUCUGCACACGCUCAAACAGCAGUACGAGCAGAAGCUGAUGAUGCUGCAGAACAAGAUCAGAGACACGCAGCUGGAGAGGGACAAGGUGCUGCAUAAUAUGGGUUCAGUGGAGUCGGGUACGGAGGAGAAGGCCAAGAAGAUCAAAACAGAGUACGAGAGGAAGCUGAGCUCCAUGAACAAAGAGCUGCAGAAGCUCCAGUCAGCUCAGAAAGAGCACGCCCGCCUACUGAAGAACCAGUCGCAGUACGAGAAGCAGCUCAAGAAACUCCAGCAGGAUGUGACCGAGAUGAAGAAGACCAAGGUGUCGCUGAUGCGUCAGAUGAAGGAGCAGCAGGAGCGGAGCAGAGCAACGGAGUGCAAGAGGAACAGGGAGAUCGCCUCUCUGAAGAAAGACCAGCGCAGAGCUGAGCACCAACUGAGGCAGAUGGAGGCUCAGAAAAGACAGCAGGAGCUGAUUCUCCGCAGGAAGAAUGAAGAGGUGACGGCUCUCAGGCGGCAGGUGAGGCCCACGUCUGGGAAGGUGAGCAGGAAGGUGAGCUUACCCGACCCUCUGCAGGAGCCUCAUAGAGCCACCCCAGGAAGGAUGCAGACAUCUGGAGCGUCCCCAGCCAAUGGAGCCAGGAGUUCUCCGGUGCGGAUGGGAAGUAUCUACCUCACCAGGACAGCCAGGGCCAAAUGGCAGUCACUGGAGAGACGUGUCACUGACAUCAUCAUGCAGAGGAUGACCAUUUCUAACAUGGAGACGGACAUGAACAGGCUGUUGAAGCAAAGGGAGGAGCUGACCAAGCGCAGAGAGCGAGUGUCCAGAAAGAAAGAGAAGAUGGCGGUGGAAGGUGCAGACGCCGACCGCUCCCUGGCCUCCCUGAACGAGGAGCUGGAGUCUCUGGGCGCCAACAUUGACUAUAUCAACGACAGCAUCGCCGACUGCCAGGCCAACAUCAUGCAGAUGGAGGAGGCCAAGGAGGAAGGAGACACUGUGGAUGUCACCGCAGUGGUCAGCUCCUGUAAUUUAUCAGAGGCCCGCUUCCUUCUGGAUCAUUUCAUGACUAUGGCCAUCAAUAAGGGUCUGCAGGCGGCUCAGAAGGACUCUCAGCUGAAGGUGAUGGAGGGCAGGUUGAAGCAGACUGAGAUCAACAGCGCCACCCAGAACCAGCUGCUUUUCCACAUGCUGAAGGAGAAAGCGGAGAUCAACCCGGAGCUGGACGCUCUGCUGGGCAGCGCUUUGCAAGAGAAUGGAGACGACAGCAGUAGUGAUGAGUCCACCCCCAGUCCAGCCACAGAGGGCAGCACCCUGGCAUCAGAUCUAAUGAAGUUAUGUGGGGAAUCCAGACCUAGAAGCAAGGCUCGCAGGCGGACCACCACCCAGAUGGAGCUGCUGUAUGCCGGCAGUGGGGAUCCGUUCUGUGAAUCCCCCACCGGAGACUUCCCGGCCCCUCUACUGCCCCUCUCGGAGCGCCUGGAAGGGCCGGCGGACAUGCAGGGUCACGUGUUUGGUCAAACCCCUGACCGCGAGCAAACUGUUUCCCCAUCUGCACUGUCUGCCAGGCCAGCUGGCAUCUCUGGAUCCAGGUCACCCACAGGGACUGAGAGGAGGCCACUGGAGCGCUCGCCCCUCAACCGAAGAAAGGUGCAAGAAAGAGGAGCCACGGCGACACACAUCCCAGCAGCAGCCACUCACACACCUCCACCUAGUGCAGCAGAGGCUAAAACUAAAGGCAGUGACCACAAAUUACUGUUGGAGGAGUCGCCUGUGUUUGAAGGUCAUAGAGGCGUGAUCAACCCCGUGACGGCCCCAAAGAACAGCCGUGGGGCCAAACUCCAGUGUGUCUACGUAGCGGAGGGCCACACUAAACCUGUUCUCUGCGUAGAUGCCACAGAUGAUCUGCUCUUCACAGGAUCCAAAGACCGUACAUGUAAAGUCUGGAACUUGGUGACGGGUCAGGAGAUCAUGUCUCUGGCAGAUCAUCCCAGCAGCGUCGUCUCAGUCAGGUACACGUCGAGUCUUGUCUUCACUGUCUCCACCGCUUACAUCAAAGUGUGGGACAUACGAGACUCUGCCAAGUGUAUCCGCACACUCACGUCAUCAGGCCAAGUGGGUUCAGGGGACAUCUGUUCAUCUGUCAGGAGUUUAUCCAUCCCGCCAGGAGAGAGUCAGAUCAACCAGAUCGCUCUCAAUCCUUCUGGCUCCUUCCUUUAUGCUGCUGCUGGCAACGCUGUGCGCAUGUGGGACCUCCGCAAAUUUGUGUCCACAGGGAAGCUGACCGGCCAUUUGGGACCUGUCAUGUGUCUGACUGUUGACAAAUUAGGAAAUGGACAGGAUCUUGUCCUCACUGGCUCCAAAGACCAUCAUAUAAAAAUGUUUGAGGUGGCAGAAGGUGCCCAGGGGAGCAUCACCUCUGGCCAUACGUUUGAACCCGCUCAUCAGGAUGGCGUGGAGUCUCUGACCGUGCACGGAGAUGUUCUCUUCAGCGGCUCCAGAGACUACUACAUCAAGAAGUGGGACUUAGCCAGUAAACAACUGCUACAGCAAUCCGUCAGUGCCCAGGCAGACUGGGUUAGCGCUCUGGGCAUGGUGCCAGGCUCCCAAGUGCUGCUCAGCGGAUGCAGAGGAGGGCUGCUGCGCCUCUGGCACGCCGACUCUCUGGCGCCCCUCGGCGAGGUCCGGGGACACGACAGUCCGAUCAACGGCCUGGCCACCAACAGCAGCCAACUGUUCACUGCCUCAGAUGACCGCACAGUGAAGAUUUGGGAAGCCAAAGGAUCUCUGGAGGAAGGAGUCCACUGACACCUUACCUGAAAUCGAGGAUCGUCUUCUGGCCUUUACCCAAUCAAAACGAAUCGUUUGUGAAGCUACUACAUCGCCCGUGACUUAAUCAAGCGUUGGAUGGGCUGAAAAAGAAUCUUUAAACAACACUGAUCCUUCACUGGUGCUCCCCAGGGAUCAGUUUCAGGGAAGUCUAAUUAGAUGCGACAGCUCUCAGUCUUUCAAGAUGAGUGUAUUUACUGAUAAUUUAGGUCAAAGCGAGUCACAGCGGAGCCUCUCCAGUCUGCUGUAGAGCUCCAAGGACGACAGAACAGCUGCAGCGGACAGCAUCUUUCAUGACUGCGACAGAACACAACAAAAUUAAAAUAAAUCAUGGACUUCUGUGUCUCUCCUGUGCUUUCAACAUUCCUCCCCGCUUUUCAGCACUAGACAACAUGGAUACCUUUUAUGCUUUUCAUGAAUUUUGCUGGAGCUGAUGAGAAAAACAGGUUCAGGGGAGAUGAUUUGCUCAAAGUGGCCCAAGACAAGACAUCUCCUGCUCACCAGCAAUAACUGUGAGUCUAUCCUGUGUGUUCAUGACGUGUGAUGUGUUGUGUCAUUGCUCUCCAGGUCAUUUUGAGUGUGUCUGUGUGUGCUCUCUGUAAGCAAGGACCAAAUAACUACUGAAACUGCAUAUGGUCUUAUCCUUCAGCUGUUACUGCCAAACCCUCAGUGGAACAUAAGAAGCCUCUAAAUAAAACAUACCGCGCUCCUUUGACAGGGUCCUUACACAUUUUCCGCUUUAAAGUUCUGUACUUUUCCCGCUGUUAUAGUCAGUGUUCAUUAAACCAACCACUGACUGUUAUGUCUCCAAAAAAAUGUGCAUAUCAUGGCUGAACAACAGUAUUCCUAUAUUCUGCCUUACAAAAGCAGCGAGCAGUAACGACAAAAACAGUGAGGCUGGAGACAAUUAGCUUGAAGUUAAAUGCUACUUAGUCAAGCAGAGGAACAAAUAAAAAAGGACAAGCAAACUGAAUGUUUCCUUUAACUUUCUCGUCUAUUUGCACUAAUGAACUUGACUAACUAAUCAAUAUAGGCUCUGAUUUAAUACAGUUAAAUAUAUAAUUUAGAGCUGCCACCAUUAACUGAUUAAUUGAGAAGAUGUCAACUUUUAAACUAAUUACCAACGAUUUUUUAAAGACAAAAAAAUCAAAAGUCAAAAUGUUCUUAUUCUAGCUUCUUAAAUGUGAAUAUUUUCUGGUUUCUCUACUCCUCCAAGACGGUAAACUGAAUAUCAUUGGAUAGUGGACGAACAAGACAUUUCAGGACCUUUGCUUUGGGAAACACUGAUUUUUCACCAUUUUCUGACAUUUUAUAGCCCAAACAACUAAACGUUUUAUCAAGAAAAUAACUGACAGAUUAAUAAACAAUGAAAAUAAUUGUGAAUUGCAGCCCUAAUAUGAAUUAAUAAUACGAUUUCAUGUAAAUAGAGUGCCCCAGGGAGGACGUUUUACUGUAGGCUGAAGCGAAAGUCAGCAUCACACUGGUUUCCUUGUCGAAAAGCCUAUGGGAUGAUGGAUUAUUGCCGAAAAUAGCCUGUGAUACAUAUUUUGUUGCGUGAGAUAAUCUUCACAAAUGAACACCUGUUUCAUGAUUAUUGAAGCCUAAAUGCAAUCGUCAGAAGUAAAAAGCUAACGUUAGGCUAUAAAGGAACUACACUACAGUUGCAUGACUUAACGUUACAACCAUAACAACACUGUAAAGCAGUGUUCUGCGCAGCUUGGCAUGAUGACAUCCUGUAGUCUAAUUUAGCCACUUGUUAGCAAACACCUUUUUCAAGAUACAUAAAAGCUUCAAGGUUCACAAGUGAGGUAUUUACUGAUGUAUUUUAUGUCAUAGAACAAAAAAUGAAAAAUCUCUUAAGCUUGUGUUAACUACAGACCUUAUGUCAGCCAUCUAAACAAACAUGAGGGAACCGGGAGUGCUAAAAUGCUAACUCAUUCCCGCGUUUUAGGACUCAUUCCUGGGGCACUCUAGUCCUAGCUUAACUGUUACUUUAAGCUAGGCUAGCUAGUCAUCUUUUAGCAGGACUAGCUUAAGUGGUGUUUUUGUCAGAUUUAGCUACUGACUUAUUUACAAACUCAAUUGCUAAGAUUUUAAGAUUUCUUUUACUGAUUUUAACCAUAAGGAACACAGAAAAAAUGGGUAAAUUUCCUUUUACUAGCUAGCCUUAACUAGCUAAUAUGGCGUCAGUUUGAUUUUUACAUGUUUUUUCAAAUUUGACAUGUGUUUUCUUUUUCAAAAUUUAAUGGCGUAAUGAUUUUAAAGCUGAUAAAACAGAUGUUAAAAGGCAAAUUGUGGUCUUUACCCUUCCCAAUUUUGACCUGCGUUUUGGCCUUUGUAGGCUAGCACAGUUAGUCCCAGCUUCCUCAGUUACAAGAUCAUUUAAUUUAGCUUUCUCGCCCAUUUGCACUGAUGAACUACUCUAAUUAAUUAAUUUAUGAUUUAAUACAUUUGAAUAUAAUUUUUAAAGUUAGCUUAACUACAUCAUAUUAUGUGAAUUCCUCUAUUUUCAAAGCCAGAGACAGCGUAAGCUAUUAGCGUAGCUAUUAGCAGGACUAGCUUAACUGGUGUUUCAGAGUUAGCCACUGCUGUUAAUAGUAACAACUAAUGGUAAACUUCUGGUAAAAAGUCAAUUGCUAAGAUUUUAGAUAUUAAAAACAUUAAAAGUAAACCAAAAAAAGUAGCUAAAUUAGCUUUCGCCAGCUAGCCUUUACUAGCUAGUGUUUAGCCAGUUGUUUUUUACCUUCUUUUUUUUUUCCAGAUUUGAUAUAUUGUUUUUUGUAAGUUCUGUGGCAUACUGAUAUUUUAGCAGGUAAAGCAGAUGUCAGAAAGUGAAACUGUAUUCUUAACUCAAUUUUGACCCAUGUAGUGUACUGCAUUUGGCUUUAUAGGGCAGCACAGUUACCCUACAGUUAAACUUGUUUUUAUCUCUAAAUCUCAAAACCCCAGAGUAGCUGCUACAUCCAGAUUGAAAUAAUACAGGUGUCUCGGUGUUUCCCAACCCACAACAGGUUCAAUAUUUCAGUCAGUGAUAUGUUCAUAAAUAACAGCUGGGUUUCUGGUUUAGUAUUCUCUGGUUGACACACAGAAAGUUUCCUUUAAGCAUUCAUAGCCUCAGGUGGCGUUUUACUUUCCUCUGCUGAAUGGUUUCACUUCCCUGUCAGCACGCUCCCCUCUGGCAAGGAAACAUUUUCUCAAUUUCAGGAUUUUGAUUCUUCAGAUGAAAAGGUUACCCACUGAGUAUUUACUUUCUCUAACCUUUAACUCUGCAUGCUGAGGCACAGCUCUGGCAGCAAGUGCUUUUAGAAAACCGUUUUUUUAAUGUUAGUCUUAAAGCAGUUUGAUGAAAAGAUACUUUAAUGAGAGGCUGUUUCGAGUCUGAUGGAAUCAAGCACCUUGCAAUUCUGAAGUCACAGGAUAUGACAUGUAUUUCAUGAAAGCGUGUUUUCCUGAAAGACGUGUGUGUAUGUGUGUUUUUCAAUCUGACCGAAGCGAUGAGUUCUCAUUCCUGUACAGUACUGUUCACCCCUGCUGUCUUAGUGUCUGUAAACUGCACGUGUGCUGCAGGUAACCAUAUCAAACAUGAUUCAAUCUUUAAAUGUGAGUCUGAACUGCUACUAUUUAUUUAUUAUUUCAUUGAUUUAUUUUUUUGACUUUGCUGUUGUGUCCUCCAUAUCAAUCAGAGAUUUGAACUUAUUUUCAUUUAAUGCCUCUGAUAUCUCAGCGUCAUAUACGAUGGACUAAGUUGAAUAAAUGGGAUGGUUUCCACAUAAUCAGAGGUGGAUUAUCAGUGCCUGUAAUCAAUCCUAAACAGACAGUAACCGUAGAAUCACUACAUGAUAAAUGCUGAGUAUCCCUCAUGAAAUUGUCAGGAGUGUCCUUUAAAUUAAUGGGAAAACACUUAUAUUUAAGGACAGUAAGGAUAUUGGGGGUAUGUUAGCAAUGAUAAAGUCAAUGGGACUAAAAUAAUUGCACUGAUUUUUUUUUUUUUUUUUUUUUUUUCCAACUUUGAAUCUGUUUUCCAAUUGUCUUGUAACAUAGGUUAAUACCUGGGACGGAAAUAGAUGAGUUAGAGAAACUGGUUUUCAGUCCCAUUGACUUGCACUUAAAUUGUGAAAAAAAAAAGAUCCCAAAAAAAGCAACAAUAUGAGCUGUACGUAUUCCUAAUUCAUAAUGAAUUUGAUAUCAGAAAGGCUGCUUAAAAUCGUCCUUCCUUAAAAUUGUCCUUCCAAUUGUAAUCUGUAAAUCUGCUCGUGUAAAUACGACUGUUUUCUUCCUGCUGAUUCUCUCGUGCACAAUUUCAACUGAUUGAAAUGUCAGGUGCAGUGUGAAAAUAAAUUUUAAAAUAUAA